UACGGCACAUUCAUAUUCACGUUUUUCACAUUCAAUUUCCAAAAUGGGAAACGGUUCUAGCAGUUUUCCUUCUGUUAAUGCAAGUGUUGGUGGCAACGGCAGCAGCAGUGGUGGGCCUGGUGGCCGAGCUAGUCAGAUGGGAAGCGGGAGUAACGCUAAAGGUGAGGGUAUGAUGAAAGCUCCUGGCGGAGGGGGCAAAUCCAUACCAAGGGCAGGGUUUGAAAAAAACCCUCAGCGCUACUUUUCAGAUCUGCGUGCUGGAAAGAAAGGGUAGUGAGUAAAUCUAUCCCAGUAGGAGUGAAUGUUAAAUUUCUACAAGGAUGAAUAAAACAACACUCCUUACCAUGUUCUGUUAUGUUGCAGAAGUUUGUUCUUAUGGAUAAUGUACCUAAGAAUCUAUUUUUAUAAUAGAAAUGUUUUUUUUUA